GCUGGGGUCACUUCCUGCUCCGUCCCAGUCACCCUGAACUGGUCCCCGGGUCCUCAGCCUGGAAUCACCCCUUGAGGAGGACCCCAGAGUCCUCGGCAUCUAGCCCGCCCCCCGAGGCAGGACACUUAAAGGGUUAAGUCCCCUGGGGCAGGAUUCUGCCUUCCGGCUUUUCCCAGACCCCAGAGCCGGUCCCUGGAACCCUCUGCAGUCCUGAGCUCUGGGAUGGAGCCUGAGGCUGCGCUGUGGGGCCCAGAUUCACAGGGCCCUGAACAGAGCCCCAACGAUGUUCGCAGAGGUGCCGAGAGUGGGAAUGAAGAGGAGAGCCCUCAGCAGGAAAGUUCUGGGGAGGAGAUCAUCUUGGGAGAUCCAGCUCAGAGUCCAGAAUUCAAGGACCCUCCAGAGAUGCCCCUGGAGAGACCCUCCCAGGAUCCCUCAGUUCCCCAGGACCCCCCAGCCCCACUAGGUCACUCCAGCCCCUUGGACCCCCCAGCCCCCGAGGUAGUCCCUGCUGCAUCUGACUGGACCAAGGCCUGUGAGGCCAGUUGGCAGUGGGGGACCCUCACCACAUGGAACAGUCCCCCCGUGGUCCCGGCCAAUGAGCCCAGCCUGCGGGAGCUGGUGCAGGGCCGCCCGUCUGGGGCGGAGAAGCCCUACAUCUGCAACGAGUGCGGCAAGAGUUUCAGCCAGUGGUCCAAGCUGCUGCGGCACCAGCGCAUCCACACGGGCGAGCGGCCCAACACCUGCUCCGAGUGCGGCAAGAGCUUCACGCAGAGCUCCCACCUGGUGCAGCACCAGCGCACGCACACGGGCGAGAAGCCCUACAAGUGCCCCGACUGCGGCAAGUGCUUCAGCUGGAGCUCCAACCUGGUGCAGCACCAGCGCACGCACACGGGCGAGAAGCCCUACAAGUGCACGGAGUGCGAGAAGGCCUUCACGCAGAGCACCAACCUCAUCAAGCACCAGCGGUCCCACACGGGCGAGAAGCCCUACAAGUGCGGCGAGUGCCGCCGGGCUUUCUACCGCAGCUCGGACCUCAUUCAGCACCAGGCCACCCACACGGGCGAGAAGCCCUACAAGUGCCCCGAGUGCGGCAAGCGCUUCGGCCAGAACCACAACCUCCUCAAGCACCAGAAGAUCCACGCCGGCGAGAAGCCGUACCGCUGCACCGAGUGCGGCAAGAGCUUCAUCCAGAGCUCGGAGCUGACCCAGCACCAGCGCACGCACACCGGCGAGAAGCCCUACGAGUGCCUCGAGUGCGGCAAGAGCUUCGGCCACAGCUCCACCCUCAUCAAGCACCAGCGGACUCACCUGCGCGAGGACCCCUUCAAGUGCCCGGUGUGCGGCAAGACCUUCACCCUGAGUGCCACGCUGCUGCGGCACCAGCGAACGCACACGGGCGAGCGGCCCUACAAGUGCCCCGAGUGUGGCAAGAGCUUCAGCGUCAGCUCCAAUCUCAUCAACCACCAGCGCAUCCACCGCGGGGAGCGGCCCUAUAUCUGCGCCGACUGCGGCAAGAGCUUCAUCAUGAGCUCCACCCUCAUCCGCCACCAGCGCAUCCACACGGGCGAGAAGCCCUACAAGUGCUCCGACUGCGGCAAGAGUUUCAUCCGCAGCUCCCACCUCAUCCAGCACCGACGCACCCACACGGGCGAGAAGCCCUACAAGUGCCCGGAGUGCGGCAAGAGCUUCAGCCAGAGCUCAAACCUCAUCACCCACGUCCGCACGCACAUGGAUGAGAACCUCUUCGUGUGCUCCGACUGUGGGAAGGCCUUCUUGGAGGCGCACGAGCUGGAGCAGCACCGGGUGAUCCACGAGAGGGGGAAGGCCCCGGCCCGAAGAGCUCAGGGCGACACCCUUCUGGGGCUUGGGGAUCCGGCCCUGCUGACCCCGCCGCCUGGAGCCAAACCACACAAGUGUCUGGUCUGUGGCAAAGGCUUCAAUGACGAGGGCAUCUUCAUGCAGCAUCAGAGGAUCCAUAUUGGAGAAAACCCCUACAAAAAUGCAGACGGUCUCCUGGCACACCCAGCCCCUAAACCUCCUCAGUUCCGACCCCCCAGGCUCCCUUUUGGAGGGAAUUCCUACCCAGGUGCUGCAGAGGGCAGAGCCGAUGCCCCAGGACAGACCUUUAAAAUGCCCGAGGGCCAGGAGAGCUUCAGCCAAAGGCUGGGGCUGCUCUCCUCCAAGUCCUACAUCUGUUCCCACUGUGGAGAAAGCUUCCUGGAUCGCUCUGUGCUCCUCCAACAUCAGCUCACCCAUGGCAACGAAAAGCCCUUUCUCUUUCCGGAUUACAGGAUUGGCCUAGGGGAAGGGGCAGGGCCCAGUCCCUUCCUAAGUGGGAAGCCCUUUAAAUGCCCUGAAUGCAAAAAAAGCUUUGGCCUCAGCUCUGAGCUGCUGCUGCACCAGAAAGUCCAUGCAGGCGGGAAGAGCUCCCAGAAGAGCUCGGAGCUGGGGAAGAGCUCUUCCGUCCUCCUGGAGCACCUCAGGAGCCCCCUGGGGGCCAGACCCUACAGCUGCUCUGAUUGCGGGGCCUCCUUCCUUGAUCGCCUGGCCCUCAUCCGGCACCAAGAAACCCACACCCAAGAAAAGUCCCCCAGACCUGAGGAUCCCCUUCCAGAGCCAGCCACCUUGUCCACAAGCCAGGAAGGUGAGGGAGAGGGCCCUGCCCCCACAGGGAGCAGCCCCCAGAGGCCAGACGAAAGCCCCAAAGCCCUCUUGGAAGAAAAGCCCUAUUUGUGCCCUGAGUGUGGAGAUGGCUUCGCAGAGGUCGCAGCCCUCCUGCUCCAUAGGAGCUGCCACCCAGGUGUCUCCCUGUGAGAUGGGUCUGGAGGCCGGGGGCCUCUCCCAAGAGGAACACUGGAUCCCCGAAAACAUUAUGUGGGGACAGGAGGACAACCCUACCAGAUUGUAGAGAAGUGGAAGAUGAAGAACCCUGGGCAAAAAUAGUUCUUUGACAUCAGUGGUGAGAAACCCUAUAAAAUUGUUGGUGGGAGCCAUUUAUGAGGCAGUAGAGAAAAACUGUUGGGUUAGAAACCCUAUAAAUAUGUAGGAAAAAAAAAAGCCCUGUAAGUCUGUAGCAGAAAAACCAUAUAAACCAUAGUGGAUAAAAGCCCUAUUAAUUGUAGGAAGAGGUCCCAAUAUGUCUUUAGACAACCCUGUAAAACUAUCAAAAUCCUUAUCAAAAUCCUAUAGGGUCGGGGAAAUGCAGGAAAUAGCGCGACGGCGUUGGCGUGGAGGAGUGGCCCUCAGGUGGCGCAGCAGACACCUGUCGGAUGCUUGUCCACAGUGUUCUCUCCCGUGGGAGCGUGGGAGGGGCCUCCCCUCAGCAGCCUGGGACAGUUACACUGAGGACAAUGCCCGGCCGGGGAGUAGCAUGGGAACUGGGCGGAAGUGGAAAAGGAAGAAAACAGAGGAGGAAAAUAAGUGACAAGGAGCUCCCAAGCCCACACAGGAGAUAGGACCCAGGGACUAGCACAAGAAAGGCCAGCUCACCGCACCCGGUUCCCUGGAGUAGGAGGCCAAUCUUAGCUGAAUUGUGUGUGUUAGGGGGAGAGGCCUGUGGAAUCCCUUAUCAAAAAGAACCCAAAGACAGGGAAUUGUCAAGCCUUCCUAAAGGCUUAAGUUUGGGGUGCAUAAAAACUUUGAGUAUAACAAUACUGAGAAACCAACACAAAAAUUAGGGGAAAGAAUGGGGGGAUUUCUUUUAAAGGGUUUUGAGGGAAGCAAACCAAGGUGGACAAACUGUUCAGAUGGUACCCAGCAAACUCCAGGCCAUUUCUCCUGUUCCCGGGAGCUUGUUAAACUGCAAGUAGAAGCAGAUCCCAGCUCGGGCUGCCAGGGUUCUCCCCAAGCCAGGCAGGACUGCCCUUUCCCCAGCCUAGCCGGAGACUUCUACUCCGUGAGGCCUCCGGGGAUCGGGGGUGCCUCCUGCCACAUUCUCAGGUCUCACCGUCAGGAGGUUUUUCCUGAAAUCUAACUGCCACCAGUCUUGCUGCAGUGGCAGCCCAUUUGCUCGAAUUCUGUCCUCAGUGGAGAGGGAGAACCGCUGCUAGUCGACCUCCAAAGAAUAAAACCCUUCAGAGACUCAAGGCCUGUGUGCAGUUGUCCUCCCUAGACUUCUCUUCUCCAAGUCAGCAUGAGCCACACGUGGGUUCUCUGUGGCAACAACGGACAGCAAGUCAACAGAAUAAAAAGGCUUUUGUAUUUUAAACCUCAGCCCUUCAUCUGAGCUGGGAGCAAGGCUGCCCGCAGGACAAGCCGACCCUAACGCGGUGGUGGGUGUGUACACACCCCACAGACUGGACCAUAGGUCCCUGCAGAGUCUGCGAAGGCCUGGCCACCCUCCUCACCCCAGUACCUGGAGCCCUCUGAGGUUGGAUGACACCGCCCAAUCUUGGCCUUGGGAAGGGCUGGAUUCCACCCACUGGGCUCCUCUCUCCUCUUCAGCCAGAAACCUUCAGAGGGAAACAGAAGAAUGAGAAAUGCUCCCCUGCCAGGCCCACCUCCUCUCCUCACACACGCAGUCACACGCUUCCACAGACCCAGCCAGACUUGCUCACGUGACCGAUGUGUGGCAGGGGAGAGACUGUUACCCUGUGAGAUGGUGGAAGAGAGAAAGCUCUUGAGAAACAUCUGUAACAAGAAUCCCGGUCCCUAACCCUGGAGACCCUUAUCAAAGGAGAGGACUCUGCUCAGUGCUGGGUCAGAAAGCAAGUGCUCGCUGACCCCACGCUGGCACCAGAAAUGCGCUAUCCUGGAGUCAGAGGACUGAGAUGCCAGGUGAGGUGGCCCUUCAGGAGUUGAAUCCCUGGAGAAGCGUGACCUGGAUUCCUACAAAGCUGUGGAAGAGACCUCUAAUUCCAUGACCUAAAAGUUCAAAAGGUGAAAAUCCUUCACCCUUCAUCUAUCCUGUCCCCAAAGGGAUGACCCUCUUAAAAUGAUCGAAAUCUAGAACACUGUGGGAGAAAAAACACAGGCCUGCUGGGGAUAGGGAGAAGGCGGGCCUCAUGAUUGUGGGGUGAAACCUUGGUCACAUCUGCAUCCAGCCCGCCCCACCCAAGUGCCAGCUAGGACAGCGCUGCUCCGAAGGGAGGAGCUGCCUGCAGAUCUUUCUGACAGAAAUGUCAACAAGGGGGGUGUCCCUGUAAGACUGAGGAGAUAACUCCUCCAAUCCCAAGCAGAUUCCCACCCCCUCUAAGAUGGUAGCAGAAAGAAACUUACGUUGUAGAGACAAACCCUUUGUAAAGCUAGAAGCAGAUUCCCCCGGAAACAGGUCUGAGGAAUCUGCCUGCAGGAGAGUCCUGGGAGCAGCUUUUGGGGCUCAGAAGCCAGCCUUGGGGGAGGUGGUGAGUGUAGUUGGAGGCCAGCCGUAGGCCCAUCGAGGACUAGGGUGUAGCAGACGUAGUAGGAUGCUCGCAUGUUGUAGGGACGGUGAAGGGCUCAGGGCCUUGGCUCUGGCACUGAAUGAUGUGGACAUGACUUGUGGGGUCUGGCGUUUCACAGCAGGGAAGGGGCAGAGUCAGCAACCUCUGGGGUGUGGCCCUGUUCUGCCCACCUUCCCCAACUCCUUUAACCAGAUGCUUCCUUCCCAGAGUGAGCUACCUCUUGGGAGGAACCCAGCAGGGAGGUGGCAGCACCCAGAGUCCCUUUGACUGGCUCUGGCACAGGCCCAGGGGUCGAGGCAUUUGCCCAUCAGAAUGCAGUUUGGAAGACAUAGUGGCCAGGCCCCUCAGCAGUGCCGGUGGAGGAGCCCGGCAGUCAGGGCUCACCGGGGAGCGCCGAGGGGAGAGCAGAGGCUGAUCUGGGCUGAGGGUGAAACCUGAAGCCGCCCGUGGCUGUGGAGGUCAGAUGGGAACUGGGAAGAACUGGGCAUGAAUCCUGAAUGGUGGGGAAACGCGAAACCAUCACAACCAAGAGGCGGGUUCGUGACACUGCCCUGAGGUGAGCAGUCCCAGACUCCUUUGCCCCCAGUAGGGAAGCCCCACUCACUUGACUGGUCCCUGCGAAGAGAGGCCCCACUUUUGAGUGUUGUGUGUCAAUAACAGUGUUGUGUCACUGGUGGUCAUGUUGAUUAGUUGAAGAGAAUAAAGGGAAUAUGAUUUC